UUCUUAUUUUCCUGCAAAAAGAGGGAGAGGGAGACCCUAAAUCGUGCGAGUCCUCGAUUGGGGCUUUUUCAUCUUGUUGGCUUCUCGCUUCUCUGAGACAUUGAAUCAUCCUGAGAAGGGGAAAACCCUUCCCCUUAAUCUGAUACCCUCCGGCACCUUCUCCGUCGAUCGCUCAGAGAUUGCGAUCUCUACUGUUGUUGAUUCGAUUCAUCAGAAGGGGGGAGAGAGAGAGUCUUCUUCUUCUUAUUGUUAUUCGUUUUUUCUGGGAUCAGGGCCUCGUAGGAGUUUCUUUGAACGUAGGACUUGGAAGGCAAUCCAGUUCCUUUUCCAGCCUUAGGUAUUCAUGCUAGACUAAAAAGGUUGAAUGAUCUUGCAACUUUUGCCAAAGGAAGAUGGCUUCAAGUACAAUGACAGGAGAGCGAAGGUGGGUCUCUGCACGGAGAGGGGGCAUGACAGUCUUAGGAAAGAUUGCUGUUCCUAAGCCUGUCAAUUUACCCAGCCAAAAGUCAGAGAAUCAUGGUCUAGACCCAAAUGUCGAGAUUGUUCCCAAAGGUACCAUUAGCUGGGGGCCUGCUAAUCGUUCAUCAACUUCAGCUGACUCCUGGGGUUCCUCUGGGGUAUCCUCUCCUAAUGCGGAAGUAACUGCUUCUGCACUUGGUCGCCCUUCAUCAGGUGGAAGCCAUCUAACUGGUCGUCCUUCAUCAGGAGGAAGUGGCACACGUCCAUCGACUGCUGGUAGUGAGAAGUCAUGUGAACCAGCACACAGUGCAUGGAGUUCUUCUUCCCGCCCUUCAUCAGCAUCAGGAGUGUUGGCAGGAAAUAAUACAAUUGCAGCUGCUCGUCCACGAAGUGCUGAUACUAGGCCAGGUAGCUCUCAACUUUCUCGAUUUGCUGAUUCCUCAGCCGAGGGCUCAGUUGCAUGGCGGGGGCCAGGGACAUCAGAAAGAUUGGGAAUCGGAGCCCCAAAAACAAGUGGCUUCACACUUUCCUCUGGAGAUUUUCCUACUCUAGGUUCUGAGAAGGUUUCUGAAUUGCAUGGGCAACAAGGGAAUAACUCUCAUGGGCGUCCCUCCUCUGCAUCUGAUAGACCUUCAACACAAAAAGGCUCUCCAAGUGAAGAAUCAAAGGAUGUGGCAGCAGAUAAGGGAAUCGUGAAUACAUGGAAAAGGGAUCAUUCUCCAUAUAGGGGAGGCGAAUCUGCACCUGAGAAAUGGCAGAGGGAGCCUCAGCAUACAACACCAUAUGCUAACAUGCACAUGCCUCCACAACAUUUCGAUGCUUGGUAUGCUGGUCCAAUUCCAAACCAGCCUGAGGGAGGUUGGUUCCGUGGUGCCACUCCUGUUGCUCCUUACGCACCAAUGGGAGGCCCAGGUGGCUAUCCUCUUGAUCCAUCGACAUACUAUCAUCCUCAAAUGGCUGUAAGGUCUGUUCCUUACCCACCGACAAUGGCAAGGCCAGGUGGUCCUGGCUACUCUAAAAAUGGGGAAGUGCAUCGUCCUCUCAUACCUGAUCCCUAUAUGAUGCCUGGUCACCCUCUGAUCCCUGUUCGGCCAGGCAUGUAUCCUGGUCCAGCACCGGGGUAUUAUGGACCUUCCCCUGGGUUUUGCAAGUCUGAUGAGACAGAUGCCUCUGUAAUGGAGGCAGGUGUUGCACCUAGCACACAUGAUGCCAGGUAUCCUGGUCAAAGUACACAGCCAGAUCUAGGCAGUGCCAAUGCAAGGUUUCCGGCACCCUCAGGUCCUAAUGUGAUGACUUCCAGGGAACAUGGUGGACGUGCACAGGAAACCCAAGGUCCUUACAAGGUCCUUCUGAAGCAACGAGACGAAGUGGUAGGGAAGGAUGCGGAGGAGAAGAAAAAUCACCAUUUAAAGGUAAGCAGCCAGCAUUCUGGAAGACCUACUUCACAGUCAUCAUCUGUAUGUGAAAAUGAUUGGGAUUCAGUUGCCAGCAUUAAUGAACCAAUGGACUUCUCAAAGCCAGCCUUUGAUGACGAUUCAUUUGGUAUUUCCAAAGAUAAUGCUGUGAUUACCCAUCCACAUGAAGGUACCAAGCAUGUAGCUAGUGACAAGUUUGUGGCUGAGAAGUCAUCAUCACACGAUCAACCCUUCCCAGUUUCCACAACAAAUGAUACAUCAGUAGGCAAAACAGAUUAUAUAAAUGUAAAAUCUAGAACUUCUGAUGGGCAUUCUGAUGUACAGUCCUCAUUUUCCAAGGAAGAUAAUUCAGGAAAACCAAAGGUUGCAACAGCUAAGCGAGAUUAUCCAUCCAGAGACGUUUCUGCCAAUGUAACUUCUAGUAAAGGGCUGGCUGUUUCACAUGACAAAACUAUUGAAGUAUCAUCUUGGGUUAAGAGAUCUGACUUGCCUGGCAGUCUACCAAUUGACCAGAAACCAUCUAAGAUCGAAUCUUCUACUUCUGAGGUGCUUGAUUCUUCAGAAAAUUCUGAAAGGGCUCAUUUUCAAAGUUAUAAGAGAAACUAUGGUGCAAAUGGUAGAGGUGAUCACCGUGCAAAAGGGAAGUUCCAUAUUCAGGAGGGUGAGGGCUGGAGAAGGAAGGCUUUGGAGCUGAAGACACCGGGCACGCAUAUGGAGUCCAACACUGUAACAUCUGAGAUUCUUAAAGAUAACAGAGUUUCUCAAGGUGUUAGUGAAAAGCCAUCUAGUACUGUCACCAAGGUUGGAGAACCACCUUCAAAUGUCAAGGCAGGAGGAGAACUGUAUAUCACAUCCUCUAAUGACUCAAUUGACUACAAAGCACAGCGUGCUAGGAUGAAGGAGAUUGCUGUGCAACGUGCUAAGCAACGCCUGGAGGAGGAGGAGGAACGAAUAAGAGAGCAAAAGGCUAAGGCACUUGCAAAGUUGGAAGAAUUGAAUAGGCGUACUGCAUCAGAAUGUUCAACUCAGAAUGCAGAUGAAACUUCAAGGGAGAGCAGCAUUACAAAACAUAAAAUAGUGGAGCAAUCCGGCAACCAUAUGUCUGUGAAAGCCGAUGUAAAAGCAACUGUGAAAGUUCAAGAUUGUCAGGGGGGGAAAUUGGAGGAGUCUCCAGUUGUAUGUGAUGUUCUGAACACAAAAGAGGAGGGCCGGAUAAGUGCAGAUCAUGCUAAUAGGCUAGAUUCCACUGGUCAUGCAUCUAAAGAUGUGGGAUCUGAUACUUUAACCUCUGCUCAAGGGCCACAGGCGGUAUGUGCUUCAUCCAUCAUAACAUCAACGGAGACUGGUUCUAAUGAAUUACCACUCAAUAGAGAUGCUAUGCAGCCUGAGGAAAAUGGCAUGUUCAGGCAGAGGCCUGUCAGUGCCAAAAGAAGGCCAAACUUACCACAUGACAGAAGUACUUCAAGCCAACCUUCUGUUAAUGGAUCCACAAGUGAUGUUCGGGUAACGGUGGUGGCAGAUGAAGGUGCUUCUAGUAAUCUGCCCAACGUGAUUGGCAAUAAUAUAGAACACAUUACUUCCCAUAAGCGUAAAGGCAGCAAGGCCUUGAAGAACAAGCACAAGCUGGAUGAGGCUUCAAUGGCGGGGUUGGCCACAUCUGGGGUGGUGGAUAUAUCUGCAUCCAAUGCUACAUCUGAAACUAUUAGACCUGAGUUAUCUCAGGGCCCACAGGAAGUUAGUUCCACGCCGUCACUAACAGCAAAGAAUAUUACUGAGGAUUUAGAACCUAAAAACAUGCCAAUGUCUGUGACAUCAGAAAAUCAAGGAUUUUUACAUGCUUCUGAUGAACCCCAUGCAAGAACUAAUAACUGGAGGAAUCAAACUACCAGACGACCAUCAAGAAGCUCCCAAAUUGUAAGACAAGGUGAGAGGUUACAUGGAAGUGAAGCUGUUUGGGCACCUGUUCGUCUGACUAGUCAAAAUUUGCUGUCUGAAGAUGCAAAUCAGCAGAAUAUUGGUAAUAAUGAAGGAGAAUCAGCAACCAAACUUGUUCAUGUCAAUACUCAAAGUGCUUUCAAAAGUAAGAGGGCUGAGAUGGAGCGCUAUGUCCCAAAGCCUGUUGUCAAAGAACUGUCUCAGCAAGGGAUUCUCCAGCAGCCUUCAGGUUCCUCUUCUCCGCAGACUGCAUCAAGUCAGCAUGCCCUGAAGAUAGAGAGUGCUCAUGAUAGUGAAAGAGGACACCAAAAUGAUGCCAAUGCUGCUAAAACAGGAUCUGGGAUUGAAAUGAGAACUGGUGAGGGCAGGCACAAGCAUGGGAAAACUCAUACAUCUUGGCGUCAGCGUGGUGCAGUUGAAUCUUACUGCCCGUCAGCUUCCUCUGGUGAACAUGUCGCUUCUGAUCAAGGUAAGAACAGUUCAAAGGCUGCGGAUGUGCAUAAUUUAUCUAAGCCUCAAACAUCCUCUUCCACUGAAUUGGUGCAAUAUUCUGGGGGCUCUGGUGAUGCUUCAGUGUUGAAUAACCUGGGUUCAGGUUCUGGCUCUAGUCACGACCCUGAUGUGCUUAUUCCACGGGGGGAAUCUUCUUCUAACAUCUCAAGAGAUGGUAAGAAGAAACCCCAAACAAGGUUGCAAAGUGGUGCUGAUAAUAAUGAAAAAUCAGAGGAUAAGGUGGUUCAGAACACUUCGUCUGAGAAAAUUGAUAAACAAUCCUCGGCUUUCAAGGCCACAGAAAUUGAAGGGAGAGGUGGCUCAAGAGCUAAUCCUCAUUCUGUUCCUGAGCACAGGACUUCUCAAUGGCAGCCUAAGACUCAUUUUUCUCACAAAGGCAACCGGGCUGGUGGCAGAGGCAUGGGCAGCCAAAAGUUUACUGCACAAGCUGCACCUUCCCAUGGAAAGGAGGUUCCAUCUCAGGGUACAGGAUACUUCUCUCAGCAUGUUGAUAAGUAUCAUGGUUCACAUGCAAAAUCACAAUACAUUGAAAAGGAUAAUAUUUCUCAAACAAAGCCUAAUCAAGCCCGAGUUCCCACAGAUAUUCAUCAUCAGGAGAGCGACAAAGAAAUGAAGGGACCCGUUUUGCAUGAUCAUGUUUCCACUGGAGGGCAGGGUCGGCAACAAACUACAAGACAACUUAUGCCUGACCAGUCUACUAUAGUUUCUGAAGCUACAUGGGAGCAGCCAGUCCGUGCAGGCAAUCGCAGACAUGGACAGCAUAGUUCAGGUUUCCAUAACAGAGCACUUGAAGAAACUCAUGAUGGCAACUGGAGUCAGGGACAAGAUAGCAGCAUGCAGCAGCAUCAAGUACCUCCACACAGUGAAAAGCGAAAGCCACCUGAAUACCAGCGUGGUGAUUCUCAUAGGCAUGGAAGCUCAUUUCAGCACAAUUCCACUGAAGUGGAGGACACACGGGAUACUGGUUCACAAGCUCCUGUAGUUUCAAAGUACCGUGAACGGGGACACAAUCAGGGUAGACGAGGAGGACGUUUUUAUGGGAGGGCUCCCAACCAUGUUGCCAAGGUAGCUGCUGUGGGUGAUGGAGAGUAAUAAUCUGACCGCUGGUUUUCUUCAGUUAAAGCUGUCAGUUGUGGAAGUCUCGAUCCCUCUAGUUGUCAUUGUUCUGCUAAUUCUACUUCUCACAGGGAGCUGAUACGUGUUCGAUGUUUGGAUACAGGGAAAUGGACUGUUAGGAUGUGAGGUAUCUAUAGUGCUUGAUUUGCAGUCGGAAUUAUUAGACUCUGUUUUUCCAGUGACUAACUUUUCCAUGAAACUUCAUGUUCUUGUGGGGAAGCAAAUAUGUAGUUAGUGCUCGAUUGUCCUUGGGCACUGACAAGGGAUCCAUAUGUGAAAUACACACAUGAUCCCUGCUUUAACUGUUGCCUGACAGCUUGUUUGAUCCUAAUUGAAAGCUCAUUUGGGUGCUUCUUGAGGUACUGCUUCUGAGUCUGGUCCAUGUCAAGGUUUGCAGGAGAACUUGUAAGGGGAAUCUUUUGUUGUUGCUGACUGGAAUUCUGCACUUCAUGGCCUUGGUUUGUCACAUGUCGGAUAUUAGUGCCUACACCAUAUUAACCCUUAGGACUUUCUGGUGGUCUUUACCUACUUGUAGAUGGAAUUGCUUGCAUCACCACACAUAAAUGAUAACCUCCAUGAAGCAGAUUGCCGGUAUGGUCGACACAACGAAGAACAGCCUCAUUUAAGGGCACUACACUUCCCUUCAUCUCAUGGGUUGCAAGACUGGAGAUGGAAUAUUCGUUAGUUUGAUUAAAGUGGAUUAGGACGCUCCCUGGUGUGGUGAAACUUUAUUUGGAAUUUCCACGCCCUUCCAUUCUAAAUUUACAUGUUUCACUUUCGUGGUCAGGUCUCACAAAGUCAACCCCAGCAUUGUGGACCGACGACAGCCUGGUUCAUGUACUGUUGGUAAGUGAACCGCAGGCUUUUAUGUCACAUUGAAAAGUACAAUGGUUGGACAAGGCCUACUUAAUGCUUGUGGUCUUGUUCCUAAUGUUGGGAGGAACUAAUGAUUAUAUACUAUACUGAUACGCGAAUGAAUGUGGUGUUUUGU